GGGGCGGGGGCUGGGGCGGGGGCCGUGGUGGGGGUGCGGCUGGCGGGGGAGAAGAGGAGUCACCACGAGGGCCGUCUGGAGGUGUUCUACAGUGGCCAGUGGGGCACUGUGUGUGACGACGACUUCAGCGUCCAGGCCGCUGCCGUGGUCUGCCGGCAACUGGGCUACGAGGGCGCUCUGACCUGGGCUCACAGCGCCAAAUACGGCCAAGGAGAAGGGCCUAUCUGGCUGGACAACGUCAAGUGCAGUGGAGAGGAGACAUCGAUUGAAGCGUGUGGGUCUAACGGGUGGGGCGUGAGCGACUGCAAACACUCAGAGGACGUGGGCGUUGUUUGCUCGGAGAAGAAACUGACCGGGUUUGAGCGUGUGGGAGAUUUCAAGCCCGCGGACCUGGAGGGUAGGAACCCGGUGGAUGGGGUGCGUAUCCGCGCGGUCCUGGCCUCCGCCCGCAGACGCACCCCCCUGACCGAGGGCAUCGUGGAGGUGAGGCUGCGCGGACGCUGGCGGCAGGUCUGUGAUGUCGGCUGGAACCUGAAUAACAGCCGUGUAGUGUGUGGCAUGUUGGGCUUCCCUGCAGAGCUCCCUGUCAACACCAAGGUAUACAAGAAACACUGGGACCAGAAGACUCAGGACCCCAAGACCAGGCUGUACUCCGCGAGCAGGAAGAAGAGUUUCUGGGUGCACAAGGUGCAGUGUCAGGGAAAUGAGCCACAUCUCUCACACUGUAAACUCCAGCUCUCCGCGGGGAAAAAGACCCAUCCUUGCCAACACAGCAUGCACGCCAUCGUCAGCUGUGUGCCCGGCCCCGAGUUCACCCAGCCCAGCAACACCCGCUUCAAGAAAGCUUACCGUGCUGAGCAAGCUCUGGUGCGGUUGAAGAGUGGGGCGCAGGUGGGAGAGGGACGUGUGGAGGUGCUGAAAAACGGCAAGUGGGGCACGGUGUGUGACGACCAGUGGAACCUGGUGUCGGCCAGUGUGGUGUGCCGGGAGCUAGGGUACGGCACAGCCAGAGAGGCUCUAACCGGAGCUCGGCUCGGGCAAGGUGUGGGUCCCAUCCACAUGAACGAGGUGAGCUGCAGUGGGUUUGAGAGGUCGGUCACGGACUGCAGCUUCCAGGAGAGCGGCCCGGCCUGCCGUCACCGCGAGGACGCUGCCGUGCGCUGCAACACCCCCCACAUGGGCUUCCAGAGCAAGGUGCGGCUGUCUGGGGGCAGGAACCCGUUUGAGGGUCAGGUGGAGGUGUUGGUGGAGGUGAACGGCACCGGCCGCUGGGGGAAGGUGUGCGGUGAGGGCUGGGGUCUGACCGAGGCCAUGGUCGUCUGCCGCCAACUGGGGCUGGGCUUCGCCAACCACGCCGUCCAGGAGACGUGGUACUGGGAGGCUGACGGGAGUGCACAGGAGGUGCUGCUCAGUGCGGUUCAGUGCUCGGGGACGGAGCUCUCCAUCAGCCGCUGCCCACAGCACAGCGACAGCACCGACUGCCCCCGAGGAGCGGCCGGAGUGGUGUGUACCGAAGGUAAGCCCCGCCCCCUCAUAGCCCCGCCCCCUCAUAGCCACACCCCUCAUAGCCCCGCCCCCUCAUAG